AGGGCGUGCGCAUAAGUCUACUUCUUUGCUCGCAAGUCUCUCGUUGAAGAUUUAAGGGUGAGUAUGAUAAUCCUAAAUAGAGGAUCAAAAUUAAAGUUUACUAAACUGGGCGUAGUUGAAAAAUUGUGGGCUGCAAAUCGUUAAGCACAUGCAAUCAGAAAUCACCAAGCCGAAGGGUUAAAUGGGCCGUCAUAGAGGGCCGCCCCAUACACCCUUCAACUGGCCAAUAUCUAACCAAUUUCAAUCAUCAUUGAUCGACCGCCUACAACUGUUACAAGACGAGCCGUUAAAUUUUUCAAGCACCUUGAGAAUCCCAAUACAUAUCGGUCGUCACAGAAACAAAUUCUCUGCUUAGCUAUCACCGGCGACGAGGUCUCUCUGGUUUUUCGUAUCCUGCUGCGUUUCCAUAUCGUUCAGAGAUAACACUUUUGUCUCUUACUUCGUCUCCUCUUGAGCAAUGGAUGCUGCAGAAAAUGUUAUAGAGAAUAAAGAAGAUCGAAUACCAAUAGAAGCAAAGGAAAUGUUAAAAUCAAUGGCAUCCAAAUGGGAGGAUGUGCUUGAUUCAAAUGAUCUGCAGGUGAUCCCUCUGAAGGGUGCAAUGACAAAUGAGGUUUACCAAAUAAAUUGGCCAAAGAAAUCAGGAGAAACCUCAUGGAAGGUUCUAGUGAGGAUAUAUGGUGAGGGUGUAGACGUGUUCUUUGACCGGAAUGAUGAGAUUCGGACAUUUGAGUUCAUGUCGAAGCAAGGGCAAGGACCUCGUCUUUUAGGGCGUUUUCAAAAUGGACGAAUUGAAGAGUUCAUCCAUGCACGGACACUAUCUGCUUCUGAUUUAUGUGAUCCAGAUAUUUCUGCUCUUAUAGCAGCUAAAAUGAAGGAGUUCCAUGGACUAGAGAUGCCUGGUCCCAAAAAGAUCUGCCUGUGGGAUAGAUUACGAAAUUGGCUACAUGCAGCUAGGAGGCUGAGUCCUUCAGAAGAGGCUCAAACCUUUCACUUGGAUGUUAUUGAGGAGGAAAUAACUAUAUUAGAAAAGAAGCUCACAGAUGACAGUCAGCAUAUUGGUUUUUGCCACAAUGAUUUACAAUAUGGUAACAUAAUGAUCGAUGAAGAGACUAAGUCAAUAACUAUAAUUGACUAUGAAUAUGCAAGCUACAAUCCUGUUGCAUUUGACAUAGCAAAUCACUUUUGUGAGAUGGCUGCUGACUAUCACACAGAUACACCUCAUUUAUUGGACUACACUAAAUACCCAGGUUUGGAGGAGCGUCGAAGAUUUGUGCUUAUAUACCUGAGUUGCUCUGGUGAUGAAUCUAGUGACAUUAAGUUGGAGCAGCUACUUCAAAAUGUCGAGACGUAUACCCUUGCAAACCACCUCUUCUGGGGCUUGUGGGGAAUAAUAUCGGAACAUGUGAAUGAAAUUGACUUUGAGUACCUAGAGUAUGCACGGCAAAGGUUUGACCAGUACUGGUUAAGGAGGAAAGAACUCUUGGGUUCCUUGGAAUCGUACCCAGAUGGUGCAACUGAUCAUAACGCCAACAAAGUGGUACCUGAAAGCCAUAAUCGAGGGAACGAUUGCUCAUGAGGAUAAGGAAGCAUUGCAAUUUUGGGAAUGAAGAGAUGAUUCCUCUUAUUAUUGGCUGAUAUUAUUUCAUAAUAAUUUCCUUCUCCACAUUCAAAAUGCAUCUGUUGUCUAACAUUGCAUUGAAAUUUAUGCUGUCUUGAUGCUACUUCUUCUGAAUUUGGGAUUCUUUUUCCAUUGUUUAAAUUCUAGCAGAAGUUUUAGUGGAAAGUGUACCCAUAGCAGACUCUUUCUAGUAAUUUGGGUAUAAGAAAAUUUGGGAAUA